AUGGCCGAGGUGUCGGUGGUGCUCGGGGUUGUCCCGUCCAUGAACGCCCUAGAGAUCCUUCGCGAGACCGUGCGGAUCCUCCGACGGGAUGGGUCCAUAUUCACCGCGAUUCUGUCCCUCCUGAUCUGCCCUGUGUCCGCUGCCCUCCUCUCGGACGCCUUCUUCAGCCGGACCCUCGUAGGGGUGCUCUCGCGCCGUCUCAUGAUCGUGGCAGUCUCCACCGGACUCCCCCUGACGCAUUUUGUCAGGCAGGCGUGUCACCACCUGGCGGGCACGCUGCUCUCCGCACUGUCCUGCUUUCCGCUUCUUAUCACAUUCUUGCUCCUGGCACGGGCCUCCAUCGCUUACUCCGUUGCCUGUUGCUACGCCGGAAAGAAGAUCCUGGUAUCCGAAUUCCUCGCAUUGCUCCGCGGUAAAUGGAGGCGACUGGUCUCUACUUACUUGUGGGCGUGUGCGGCAAUUUUCAGCUGCCUGCCGCUCUUUGCCGUCAUGCUUUCCAUCGUCUGCAACUUCUUCUCUCUGCUGGGCUACCCCCCCGAAAUUGUAGUCUAUCCCGCCUUGCUGGCUGUAUUGGCAUUCUCCAUCGUAUACGCUCAUACAAUAAUCGUGUGCAAUCUUGCCAGCGUCAUCUCUGUUCUUGAAGAAAAGUCCGGGCUGGAGGCCUUGCUAAGAUCCAUCUGCCUGGUGCGAGGGCAGACUCAAGCAGGGUUGAUGAUCUUCCUGGGGUCGACGAUUGGAAUGGCUUUUGUCGAAGGACUGUUUGAACACAGGGUGAAGACUAUAAGCUAUGGAGACGGGUCUUCGAGGCUUUGGGAGGCCCCCCUGUUGGUUCUCAUGUACUCAUUCGUUGUUCUAGUUGACUCAAUGAUGAGUGCUGUCUUCUACUUCACCUGCAGAUCAUCCAGUAUUGAAGAGUUGAGUUGGAACAGCGACACCCCUGUGGAGGGAUAG